ACCUCGAUCAUAUAUCAUCCCCCCUUCGCAUCCCUUUCCCUUUCCCCCCCUCCCCCUUCUCCCCAUUUCCAAUACCAGAAACAACAAAACCAUUACUACUCUUAACACUGCUGCAAAACCUCAAUCAACGAGAGGCUGCGGAGGAAGACUUUCUUCGUCGUUAUGGCGACUGCGGAGGCUGACAUGUACGUGACCAUCAAUUUCGAGGAGACGGAGCUCAGGCUGGGCCUCCCCGGGCCCACAGUACCACCACCACCACUGGGUAGUAGAACCGGUGCUGCUGGGAAGAGAGGCUUCUCGGAGACCGUCGAUUUGAAGCUCAAUUUGUCACCGUCCGCCAAGAUGGACGGCUGCGAUCCUCAUGGUGCCGCCAUCAAGACAGCCAACAACGAUGAGAAGAUGAUGAACAAGGACGAAUUAAUAUUAUCCGCUGCUGCUGCUGCUUGCUCUAACAACGAUCCGGCAAAACCGCCUGCCAAGGCACAAGUGGUGGGUUGGCCGCCCAUCCGGUCGUUCAGAAAGAACGUGAUGGCUGUCCAGAAAAGUAGUAAUGACGCCCAACCUUCCACCACACCUCCGCCGCCGGCGGCGUUCGUGAAGGUGAGCAUGGAUGGCGCUCCAUACCUCAGGAAAGUCGACUUGAAACUCUACAACAGCUACAGCGACCUCUCCGAGUCCCUCGGCAAAAUGUUCAGCUCCUUCACUAUCGGCAAUUGCGGACCAAAUGGGAUGAAGGAUUUUAUGAGCGAGAGCAAGCUGGUAGAUAUCUUGAACGGUUCCGAAUACGUGCCAAGUUACGAGGACAAAGAUGGAGACUGGAUGCUUGUUGGAGAUGUUCCUUGGGAGAUGUUCGUGGAGUCAUGCAAGCGGUUGCGAAUAAUGAAAGGGUCUGAAGCAAUUGGACUUGCACCAAGAGCUGUGGAGAAGUGCAAGAGCAGAAGCUGAAGAGAACAGUUCUGGCGGGUGAUUGAAUAAUAGUUAACCGCGCGCUAUAGGAAUUGGUCCGGUUGAACGUUAAUUCCAAGUUGAUUAUAAGGCACAAUUAUAUAUAAGAGAGAGGGGGGAUUGAUCUUCAAUAGUAAGUUCAUCAUACAUACAUAUAUAAUAUAUAUAUAUGUGCUUAAUUACUGUAAAACUUCCAUUUAGCCCAUGUUGCACUUUGUUAUAUUGUCUUUUAUGUAACGUUUGUUUACUGCCACCUUUUGUUGGUUGGCUUUGCUUAUUUUUUUGAGUCUUUUGGUUGUCAUGUACGAAUUACUUUUUGUUUUUCUCCCUCCUCCAACUUGUAAAUUUUUAUAGAUGGGUCCAAAUUUUUAUAGAUAGUGUACUUAUUUUAGUUCAUUACCAUGUGGGCAUAAUUAUUAUGGGAAUCUCCUCCAUAUCUCUUUGAUUCUUUUAUGGGUUUGUAUCUUAUCUUAUUGAUUAAUGCUUCUUCCAACUAGUACGUACAGUUGAAUUGAGAGGGCAAAUUGGGUGGUGGAGGAAGGUUCACGGGGACAAAGUGAUACCGUGUGGGGCAUUAGCAUUACCACGUGGGCUGUGUUGGAGGGUAUAUUUCAUAUGUUAUUUUCUUUGGGUUGGCAUUAUAGGUGG